UCGAGAGCGUUCCACGCGACGCCUCGAAAUCAGCUCAGUCCUCUCCCGUUCCUCGCGGGUCUGCUCAAAGCUUCGACGGCGCUCGAGAUGUCUCGCAUGGCCGCGCGUAUCGGCCUGACAUUCGUCCCCAUUUUGCUCCUCGGGAACAUGAAGUCCAAGAAAAUCCUCCAGCACGCCGAGAAGUAUGGCCAUCCAGACUUUGAGGCGAAGAGGGAGCAAAUGCUGCGUAGCAUCCGGACCCGCACCAUCCUCUUCCACAUCCUCAUCUUCGUUCCCAUCUUCGUCUUCUGGGCGACGAUUAUCGCUAGCCUGGAGCGCACCCCGUUGACGGGCAGAUACCGCGUUAUUCUCCUUUCGCCCGAAGAAGAGGACAACAUCGCAGCACAGCUGGCAGGGCCCGGCUGGUACCGCGCCGUCGGUGAGAUCCUCUCCGCCGCGGGCCCUCCGCCGCCGAUCCUCCCGCCGUCCGACUGGCGACUCGUUUGGGUUCGCGAUACCCUGCGCCGACUCGAGAGCGCGAUCCCGACGCUACAGUACGAGGAGAAGCUCUGUCCCCAUUGGAUGGACUGUGGCCCGGACGACAUCCCUCUCCCUCCGCCCGCCGACUACCCGCUCCGGCCGCGCCCGCGAGGAUCCGAGGUCCUGCACCGCUGGGUCGAGCUCACGUGCACCCGCCCCGCCCCGCCAACGUCGCACUCAAUCACGGGUCCGCCGUACUCGCUGCUCGUCGUCGACCGGCCGGACGCGUCCAACGCGUUCUCGUAUGGCUUCGGGCCCGACGGCGGCGGCGGCAUCGUCGUCUUCUCUGGCUUCCUCGAAGAGGUCCUCUCUCGCAACGGCUGCCCGGACGGGGCUUCGCCCCAACUUGCGCCCCCGCCAGAGCGGUCCUUCCUGUCGAACCUGUUUGGGCUCGCGCCCCCGCCACGGCCUGCGCACCCCGUGCCAACGGACCAGCAGACGGCGGAGCUCGCGACGCUGCUCGCGCACGAGCUCGCGCACCUGGUGCUCAGCCACCACAUCGAGACGCUCUCGUCGGGCAGCAUCGUGUGGCCGAGCGUGCUCUCGAUCGUCACCGACGCGCUCCGCGCGUUCCUCUUCCCGGUCACUAUGCUUUUCGGGCCGUUCAUCAACGACGCGCUUGGGGGCAUGUGGAAGGCCGGCGCAGGCGAGCUCUCGCAUCUGCAGGAGUACUGCACGAGCCAGAAGCAGGAGGUCGAGGCCGACGUUGUCUCCGCCAGGCUCCUCGCGCACGCGGGCUUCGACCCGCGCGAGGCGGUGCGCUUCUGGGAGGGCCGCCUGGACGAGCCGCAGGCGGCGGAGUGCUCGACGCGGCCGUCGCCGGACUCGGCGAGCGCGAUGGCGCGCAAGAUGUCGGGCGAGACGCACCCGCUGCACGAGACGCGCAUCAGCAAGCUCCGCGCCGAGCUCGAGCGGUGGGAGAAGAGCCGGGCGGCGGCGCGCGCGCGGCGCGAGCGCGAGGCG